AUGUCAGUAGCCUACGGGUUCUCUACCCUACAGGCUAGCGCCCUCUCAGAACUUCAACAAACGUGUCUUCCGGAGACUUUGGACGAUGCGCUCUCUUCUUGGACCCUCGAUCUGUUUUCUUUCGAUCACCGACUCUCCCUCUCCGAUACUGAGCUCUACGAAAUGCAAGUCACGAUAGAAGUGAACGAUGAACUUUUUAUGAAGUUAUCUAGGGAAAAUAAUGUAGUCUCAUAUUCAGACGUUCACACUUCUAUCCUGCCCUUCCCCGAACAGACGCCUAGCACCGAGAUUACUCCGGAUUCCUCUGAUUCCAUGCUUGGCGUUGCCUCGUCAGAAGGUUGUGAUAAUACUGCCGUAAAUAGGAUCAGUACUCCCGCUGUGCCAAAUGGAUGUGUCUCUCUUACAUUUCCAAAUCGUUCCUCAUCCUUGGAGAGCUACUCGUAUACGGGAAACACUUUCAAUCGCUUACAUUCACAACCCAUCCUCCCGCACCAAAAGCACGACUUAAUCCUACUUACCGGAGCUGAUGACUCCUCUGGCUGCGUUGGCUGUGCGGUUGGUCUCAAUCUCUCAUCCGGAUUGACGGGCGUAUUCAAUUUGAGUUCGGGAAAGCGGGUUGGGAAGUCCUGUGCCUGGGUUUCUCAUAGGCAAGUAAAUUAA